AUGACACACAGGUGUUCGUGUUUCUUUUGUCUAUACCACUACACCACCCCCACAGUCAUCCGAUCUGAUUCAUCGAAGCAGCUUUUCGAGCGGGCUGUGCCACAGCAGCAGCAGCAGCAUACACUUGAACUAUGGGAUCAGGAAACGCAGCCAGCAGACACACCCCAGCAGCAGCAGCAGCAGCAACAGCAGCAGCAGCAACAGCAGUGGCACAGAGAGUGGACAUCAGAGUUUCUUCAACUUGCCAGACUGCAGAUAAAUAGCAGCAUACUGUCACCACUCAUGGGGGAUAGGGCAUUGUAUGAUCUAAAGGAGCAAUCAGACAUUUCUGAGGGACUCAGAUGGUUCAUAAAUGCCAAACCAUCAUCAAUAAGAGAAAGGGGUGUGGUCGAGGUCGAGCUUGGCCUUGUGAAUGUACACUCCCAGAAUGUUCCCACUCCGCUGCCUCUAUCAGAACCUGACACCUGGGAUGUAGGCACAAAGCCCUAUCUGCUGGCUAUACAUCAAAGACUGUAA